AUGUCGGCGCCCGCAGGAUAUCCGGGUCUCCAACUGACGCUGCCUCGCUUGACAAUAGUCAUUUAUUUCACGGUGUCGGCCUGCAUUUCAUCCAUUGCAACGGAGAUUCCCGAUACAAGUAGCCUCCAUUACGUUGACUGUGGUCCAGCAGAUAAACUCAUCCAAUUUGACCACGUCCAAGUCUCCCCCCUGCCGAUUCAGGUUCCUGGAACCAUGUUCCUGUCCAUGUCGGUCAACGUGACCUCUGAUCUCCCCCGACGAGUGAAUGUCUACUUGUCCCUGCGCAAGUACUUCCUGGGGUUCUUCUUCAACGUGCCUUGCAUGAGUCGGGGGAUCGGAUCCUGCUCCUAUGAAAACAUCUGUGCCAUGCUAGAAGCCUACGAGCUGACCGGAUGUCCGGACACGUUCCAGGACUUCGGACUCAACUGCCACUCGAUGCCUGGUGUUAAGCCGAUGGUCAUGCACGUGAUUAAUUCCCCCAACAAGAACCAGUUGACCACAGCCUGCCAGCCUUAUGCUGAGUAUGGAGACUAUCAGUUUGAGAUAAAAAUUGUGGAGGACGAAGGACGAGAUCUCGCGUGUCUCCAGGUCAACUUCUCCGUGGAAACCGUCAGCCAUUCCUGGCUCUUCGACAGCUGACGCC